AUGGCCGCCAGCACUAAACUCGUCUUGCUACUAGCAGCACAAGUCGUAGCACCAGCUUUGCUGCAGGCUCGCGGCAACCUUGCCCACAUUCGUGGCCAUCACUGGCUGGUCCAAAAAGGCCCCGAGCACCGCCAAUCUCGAGAUAGCCAACGAGAUGCCGUGGUCAGCAGGAUGGCUUCGCUGCGAAACCUUACCUGGCUGGCUGGAUGCACCCCUAACCCGUUUGGCACCUGUUUGCUGCUAACCAUCAUCCGAUAG